UGGGUGAUUGGUUGGUUGCUGUUCCUGCCCCCACGCCUGUCGUGGUUUAGCUGAACUGAGCCGAAAUCCUAAAGGCCGCGGAGUCGGCGGUGAUGUAGGUAGCGGUACCUUGAGUGGCAACAGAAUUCGAUUAAAUUACAAUGGGAAACAUUUUUGAAAAGCUCUUUAAAAGUCUACUUGGGAAAAAAGAGAUGCGGAUUCUUAUAUUGAGUUUGGAUACAGCUGGAAAAACCACCAUCUUGUAUAAAUUGAAGCUGGGGGAGACUGUGGCUGCUGUCCCUACAGUAGGUUUCUGUGUGGAGACAGUAGAAUAUAAAAAUAACACCUUCGCUGUCUGGGAUGUUGGCAGCCACUUCAAAAUCAGACCUCUGUGGCAGCAUUUUUUCCAGAACACAAAAGAUGCUUCUUCAGCUGUCAAAAAAGAAGAGACUGCUUUGAUCAUGAAAAAUGAUGGGAUGGGAUGCAUCAGUCCAUAGCUGUACACCCCAGUCACACAGAGUAGGAGUCAGCAAACAUUCGAGUGCCAUUCAGAGAGGAGAAACACACACCCAAUCCUAAACCUAUGAAAUGGCAACAACAAAAGGAGAAAAUACAUCUUUUGAAAACACGGCCACCUACUUGGAACAUUCCAUAGUGUGACAUAGAGUAACUCUGUUUAGGAUUAUUUCGUUGAUUCCCAGAGGCCAAUUGCCCAGUGCUCAGUCAAAGCCCAAGGUGGAAGACAAGUGCUUCCCUGAUGAGCUGACCUCUCUACAGACUGCUCCGUACCCUGUGCUGUCCUGCCUCAGAUGCAGAGAGAGCACAAGGCUCCUGCUCUCCUCGUCCUCGGUGUACCUGUGUUCGUGCUACCAUCACAGCUGAAUGCAAUGAAAGGCGGUCCUCUGAGAGGAGCAGGGUGGAGAUGCUAAAGUGGAGGCCCCCCCCAUUGCUGAUAGAUCCUCAUCUGGCAUGCGCUCCACCCUCCCCAUUCUCUGCUCCCACGUAUCGUAGCCCCAUCACAGAAGAUGCGACAUGGAAAAACGCACUGUGUCCACCCUAGUUCUUAAAUUUGGGCAGGGAUUUGGGGUGUAUGUUAAGAGUUUUUCAAAUUUGCCAGAUUGUAUGCCUAUGUUGUUAAAUACACAAUGAAUCCCUGGUAUGAUAGCAGUUUCUGGAUAAACAUUACUUGAGGUCCUAAAAUGCAGAAGGGAAAAAGCAACUUUUGUCAGAUGCCUACUUUGCUUUCAUUUCAUCUCUAAUAUUUUGGAUGGGGAAUCAUCCAAAGCUUCUGACUGCAUGAAGGUCAGGUGUGCCAGUGUGCAGCUGGGUUUCUUUUCCAGAAUUAAAGUACUUUGGGUGGUGGUGAGGGUCAGAGGAAGAAGUAAAGAUUGUGAGAAAGGGGAAGAAACAUGGGCUUGGGGAGAACCCAGAAUUGGGGCCAGAAGACCUGGCACUAGGCUACAGCACUUAGCACCUCUGAUCUUGUUUUUCCUCAUCUGUAAAAGGAGGUUAACAAAGCUUUUCUGCCCACUUCUUGGGGAGAAGGGAAUAACAUAAUCGGUAAAAAAAAAAAAAAAAAAAAAAAAAAAAAAAGUUUUGAAAAAUAAGCAACACUGACUUUAUGUAACCAAGCAUUAUUAAUUAUCCACCCCGUAUCACUGGUAGAUACCUGUAUUCAAGCUAUCUGGACAUGAAAGCAGUCACAUUUUAGAAGUCAUGAAGUUGAUGCUAAUAAACCUAAUCUACAGAAACACUCUUGAAAGCCCUUGAGCGUUUGUUCUGUGAACAGAAAGGUUUGAGAUUCGGAGCAAGUUCAGAGUUGGAUGGUCUAAGAAUGGAAAAGCCCUCCAUUCCAUUAGAAGAGCCAGGUAGCAAUUUCUGGUUAUGGAACCAGAAGCUCUCAGGCUUCAAAUAAAACAGCAUCACUUGUACUCUUAUAAAAGUGUAAAAACAGAAAAACCAAAACCGUAUCUACAUCUGUCCUAUAAGGCAGAGAGUACUUGAGACCUCAUGAAUUUAAAACCAGCUUACAAACUACAUUGCACUAUAGGAAGAAAUUAUCACUGUGGGCAAAGCAUCAAGCAGAGAGCACAGUACACAGUGUGUGGAUGUUAAUGUUAUUCCCUAGCCUUCCCAUUCCUUUGUCUUGGUCCUUUGUGUAUAUGGAACAGUUCUAUUAUUAAAUUUUGUAAUAGUAACUGAGAACCUGACUCUCAGCAAGGGAGUAGUUCAGAAAUUGAGGGAGUUUAACUCUGAAUGAGUAAAUAAAAAUAAAGCAAUUAUGUCAUUAGCUUAAAAUUUUAUCAUCACUAAAAAUAAAAAGUUUAAAAACAAA